GGCCUCUUCAAGCAGUCGGAAGCUCCGAAAAGCCUCGAUGCAUCCGUGAUCGUAGAGCGGCAUUCGGUGGUAAAAUGGCGGACCAGCAACGCGGGAUUUCGCGGAUAAAUUCCCCCCGUGAUAUACACGGCCGUCCGUCUCAGAGGGAGCAGCUGAGACUCACUUUCGGAAACGGUUCCAAGAAACACCUGGGAAAUGCCAGCAAGCUGCCGUCCAGCAUACCGGGAUUUAACUACCCCGUGCGAACUGAGCGAGUAUGGCUACCACCGAAAAUUCACUCAUCGGGAAAGCUCAAGAUCUCGCCUGAAGAGGAGUACGAUUUCACCGCCGAUGAUUUGAUGGACCUUGGUGAGAUCGGCCGCGGUGCAUUCGGCACGGUCAAUAAGAUGGUCCACCAGAAAAGCAAGCUUGAAAUGGCUGUCAAGCGCAUUCGUUCCACGGUUGAUGAGAAGGAGCAGAAGCAGCUGCUGAUGGAUCUCGAGGUUGUGAUGAAAAGCAACGACUGCCCCUACAUUGUCCAGUUCUACGGGGCCAUCUUCAAGGAGGGUGACUGCUGGAUCUGCAUGGAGAUAAUGGACACAUCGUUGGAUAAAUUCUACAAGUUUGUCUACGAAAAGCAGCAUCAGCGCAUACCCGAAGCCAUCCUGGGAAAGAUCACAGUUGCUACGGUGAAAGCCCUGAAUUACCUCAAGGAUAAGCUGAACAUCAUCCACAGAGACGUAAAGCCGAGUAACAUUCUGCUGGACCGUCGAGGCAACAUCAAGCUGUGCGACUUUGGCAUCAGCGGCCAGCUGGUGGACUCCAUUGCCAAGACAAGAGAUGCUGGCUGCCGACCGUAUAUGGCGCCCGAGCGCAUAGAUCCUUCCAGUGCCAUUGGAUACGACGUCCGGUCUGAUGUAUGGAGCCUAGGAAUAACCUUGAUUGAGGUGGCCACGGGGCGGUUCCCGUACCCAAAGUGGAACAGCGUCUUCGAGCAGCUGACCCAAGUUGUGCAGGGGGACCCGCCGCAGCUUAGCCCUAACGAGAACGGAAACUGCUUCACCGCCGAGUUCGUCGACUUCGUCAACACCUGCCUCACCAAGACGGCCCACACUCGUCCCAAGUACAAGCAACUUCUGGAUCACGAUUUCAUCAGGCGUGCCGAGAGGGACACCGUGGACGUCGCGUUCUACAUCAGCAACAUUUUCAGCAAAAUGAAUGGCAUGUCUCCCUGAUGCAAGAUCCCCGAGGGCUUCCCAAACACUCUUCAAAAACUGCUGACGCAGUUUUUCCCCCGCGCGCAUGCAGCCGAUGCUGAAUGUCACCAACCAACAACCAGGGUUUCGAAAAAGCCGGCUCUUUCUCUUGUCCAGUAUAAUAGCCUGUUGUGAUGAUGACACCCAUGUAGGCAUGGCUCCAGUGUUGCCAGUCACGAAACGUCUUGUCUCUCACUGCAGCCCGAUUUGGCUAAGCUAAGUGGUGUGGUGGAUGGCUACGGUACGAGCACUGACAUGCAGUCGGUUCAAAGCUGUGGUUGUCAGAACUACAGCUUGUGGAUGUGUUGGGCCUGGAAUGCAACUUCUUUUCAUGGUCAGUGCAAGUGAAGUCUUAACUAUGAAACAGGACUAUCAUGCUCUAUGCUGAAAGUUAACGUGAGUGGUCAAUAAUUGACCUGUACGUCUGUCUGCGUCCGUUGCCAUGGACUAUAGCUGCCCUUAAUUGCCAUGGAAACUGCUUACAGAAUGGAGGUCUUUUCAGUACUUGUCACUGACAGCGCAUCACCAGGGGUUUUCUGCAUGCUAGCCAACUGUGCUGCUGAACACAGUUUCUCCAUAAUUUUUAUCAUGUUUGACAGCACACCUUCACUGCCUUGUUGGGGUUAUUAGAACUGUGUUUUCUAAAUCACCGCAGUGCACAACAAAAGCUACAGUGGAUAACUUCGAAAGAACAUUUAGCAUGUGCCAUCGUCUACUUGAUUUCUUAGGAUUUUUCAUUACUCUCGAGCAGAAGGUCUGUGUCUGCUUGCAGAAGCACUGUUUCCGUGGUGGCAUAUGGUUGUCGCUUUUCUUUUUGCCUGAACAUGGUUGGACUAGAGGGAAGAGAUCACACAUUCAUUUAAACAACUUGUAUUUCAGGGUUAGGGCUGACCAGCCAUCGCAGAUAAGUUGUGGCGUUGUGACCCUGGCUAUUUCGUUUGAAAUUACUUCAAAUAACUAGACGAUUUCUCCGCACGGUGUUAAAUGAGCUUUGUCUGUGCAUGCUGGUUAGCUUUACCUUCACAGUUUUUAGCAAUUUGCUCGACUGCAGUACUUUUAUUGGCUCAUAUUUAACACAUCCUGUUUGUGAGUUCAUGUGUCCACUCUAGUCCAGCCGUGUCUUGACAAACCAGGCAGACAUGUAUGCCGAGUGCUCUAUUGAACUAUUUCGCUAGUUCUUGCUUCAGAAUUCCGGUGACAAUAAACCAUCAGUCAGCACUAAAUCUAAUUUAUUGGCUGUCGAAAUAGAAACAUGAAUCACGUCUUCUUCUUGAAGGCUAAACAAGCAUGGUGUCAUGAAAAAUGAAAGAGCAUUCAAGUUUUUAAAGAGGCUUCCAAGGUAUUGGAAUAUGGCAUUGUAAAUACGCCAACGAGUGGUUGGUUUAGCAGAACAGUCCGUUGCUGCGCGAGAGGUACCACUCAAGUUUCAUGACUGGCAAAAUCUGGAGCGGCCAAGUUAUGCGAAAACUCUCAAACUCUUAGUUUCCGCACUCUUCUUAGCAAAGUUCCUCAACACUAGUUCCAGCUACUAAGAUAGCGGCUGAGAGCAUUUGUACGCAGCUACUUGGACUACAAGAUUAGCACGAAGUGCUGACGUGUGCGCGCAGACUAUGCUCCAGCGUGUGGCAUACCGUAUGAAGGUGUUAAGGCCAUUCUCUUGUCUCAGUGUGUAGUUCGGAAUAAGUUAUUGAUGAGGGUUCAAACUGAAGUCUUUCAUUUCUAUAUUUUCUGUUUUUCGUGAGGACUCUCUUAUUUUAUGAAAGCCCUAGUUAGUGAGGAGCACAACUGUGUGCUUGUCUCUUGUGGUAUGUGCCUGCUUAUGCACGUUUUUUUGGAUGGUUCACUUUUUUUUUCUGUAAUUCAUUUACACAAGUUAGCUGUGUGCCACUGCUUAAUGAUGGCACUGACCAGUUUUGCUGAUUUUUGGCGUGAUUUGUUGGAUUGACCCCGAAUGUUCAGUCUGUUAUGCUGACAUUGUGAGGCAGUGAUAAGUGGCUUUGCUCAGAACCUUGUCUUUUUUAUUUUUAGUACACUGUUCAUAGUUCAACUAAGCCAGCUAAUGAGUUGCUGUUCCUUCGAUUCCAAGCAUGCUGCUGGUAUUUUAUUACCCGGUCUACAGAAUACGAAGUGCGGCCAUUAUGUACAUAUUGUACAUAGAACACACUCUUAAUAGCUUUCCAGGCUUUUCACAUCCUGUGGGAUUUUACAGAGCUAACGACCCUUCAUUCUCCUGCUUCGAUCCCAGUCCCAAUGUUAUGGAUUAGGGUUAGAACACAUGCCCUAGAUGUUAAGACAGUCUUAGCACUUUAGACGCAUUUGGAGGAAACAGUGUAAUCAUCGCUUAAUGUACACACGCUUCAAUGUCUGCAGUCACUCCUAGUAUCAUUUUUCGAUAAGGGAAAAAACAAACCUGCAUUCUGAUUGGCCAAGAAACUUAUAUGAAACCUAAUUUUAAGCUACAAUGACCUGUGAGAAAUUGCUUGAUCUCUACCUAAUAUUGUUGAAAAGUGCCAACAAUUUGGAACAAUGUAAAGAUGGUCAUGGGGCUUGCAUCCACAUAACAGCUAUUUUAAAACCUUGGUGUGCAAACCAAUUAUGCAAUCAGCCUCAUUAACUGACCACAUGUCGUUUAAGUCUCCUUGUUGAAGCAAAGCAGAAUCUGACUCGUCUACGUUGAUGACAGGAUAACGCUUGCCAAUGAGAAAGCUAUACCAGCAAUACCUGCAGCAAGCUAGCUGCGCUCUUUACGAGCCAUGAGGGCGGCGACCUUGCCAGAAUACCUGGCGCAGAAUAUUUGGCAUAAUAGACUCCUUUCCCACUAUAUUUACAAUGCUCACUAUGUUAAGCUAUUGAAACGGGACUGCAUAAUGAACUGUAUGUUACUCAAGAAGAGUCUUGCCAUGUUGCACUGUGAACAAUCCCUGCCUACAAGCUGUGCUCGCUUACCCAUCGACACAGCUCGAGCUGCUGAUGCGACAUCCGCUCUAGGCGGACUCGUCUGGGACACUUUAUCCUGCACCACUUCUUAUUAAAUAGCAUGUAGCUCACACAACCACAUGCAAAGUACGCCUGCAGAACUCCUCUUCUCUGGGGAAAUGGUGUCGUCCUUAGACAAGACUACCACCGCUGCCUCCCCUUUUUUCAAGCUCAUAUGAUGUUUUGUUUUACUGCAAACGUGUUUUACGAAAGAACUGCAAAAAUAAAGGAAAGAUCUAGUCUGAGGUG